UUGCUUUGAAUAAAAAAAAAAACUAUAUCUACUGGUAUUUGCGAUUCCCCAAAACCUUGUCAAGAAUCAGACAACAGCAUAGAGAAACCCCAAAUACUCUGCAAUUCUCAGCUUCCACCCUUUGCAAAAUCGUAUAUCAAAUCUGUAAAAAUAGAGUCGGAUCGGAAGAGGAAGAAGACAUCGAUCUCUUCUGCAGAUCGACCGCCGGAUAAGCACAAGAAAAAGUCCAAAAUGCCCUCAUCAUCUUCCCGCUCCGGCGCCGGCGGAGACAAAGUGAAGGCGUCUCAUAUACUCAUUAAGCAUCAGGAGUCUCGUCGCAAGUUCUCCUGGAAGGAUCCGGAAGGCCGUGUUAUCUCCAACACCACCAAAGAAGCUGCCGUUUCUCAGCUGAAAUCUAUCCGUGAAGACAUUGUCUCCGGCAAAGCCAAGUUCCAGGAUAUAGCCGCCACUCAUUCUCACUGCAGCUCAGCCAAACGCGGCGGUGAUCUCGGUUCAUUUGGCAAAGGUCAGAUGCAGAAACCUUUUGAAGAAGCAACUUUUGCUCUAAAAGUUGGCGAGAUAAGUGACAUCGUGGAAACUGAGAGUGGUGUUCAUAUCAUCUUGAGAACGGCAUAAUGUGAAUGUGAUACUUGCGGAAGAAUGAUUACCUGAGUGGUGCAAUACUCACCCAGAAAAUGCUCAUAUUGAUACUUAUGGACUAUUAGAAGAUCACACCAAGGAUAUUUUUUCUUACGCCCUUCUAUUCCCUGAGGUUGUGGUGAAUAUUUAAGAAAACCAGAAGAAAAAAAAAAGAAAAAGGAAAGACAUGUGUUUGGUUAUUUGGUUUUCUUUCAGUUGGUACUUUUGGGCAUGUUUUAUAUUUGCCAGAACCUUUUGACCUAAUUUUGUGUGUUUAUGCUUGCUUUUGAUGUGUU